GAGCAGGAAUCAUUCUACACGAGCAGGGAUAGGCGAGUCGGCUUGAGCUCGCGUGCGCCCAUGAGAGGCUUCUAACACAUCUGUGUGGGUUUAUGUAGAAAGUGGCUGCUAGCUGUACGACUGCAUGCAAGAGUGGUAUGAAGUUGGUUUAUGGCGCUGCAACUGUCACUUGUCAGGCGUUGGAUUCCGUGACUAGAGUCACCCGCUUGCUACUGUGAGCCGUUAUGUCAGCUGCGGCUGAAUAAUGGCAACAUUCAUUUUCUUGAAAGGAAUAUGAUAGUUAAACGGGUUUAUACUACCUAAUAGUGAAAUUGUUUUACGUUUUCACCCACUCUGUUUAGUUAUCCUGUGAUUUUAACCAAGAAAGGUGUUUUAACCUAUACAUUUCUUAGUUCUUGUGAAAGCUGUUGAUAUUCGGAUAAACAAACAUGAAAAAGAAAAUACCAAGUUAACCGAGACUACAAACGUGGAAAAUUGAACACUUCGAGGCUUGAAACAUGUUUUUCGUGGAAUAACAGCAGUUUCUGUCUUAUAAAGAUAUAAUAACAUUCGGCGUCAACUGCAAGAAAUCUGACAAAAAUAAUAAAAGUCGUUGAGGAGUAAGAGAUGAAAAAUCGCUCACUUGUGGAAAGACGUUACUAUUUCCGCCAGGAGUCGCCUUGCUAGGUGAUGCAAAGUUCACCUGGGCGUUGAAGUCAUGAACCUGGACGCUGAAAACAGGGUAGUGUUAAACGUCGGCGGUAUUCGCCAUGAAACCUAUAAGGCCACUCUAAAGAAAAUCCCAGCUACUCGAUUGUCCAGACUCACUGAAGCAUUGGCCAACUAUGACCCGGUCCUCAACGAAUAUUUCUUCGACCGUCAUCCGGGUGUUUUUGGUCAGGUCCUAAAUUAUUACAGAACAGGUAAGCUUCAUUAUCCUACUGACGUUUGUGGCCCCCUAUUUGAAGAGGAACUCGAGUUCUGGGGACUUGACUCCAACCAAGUGGAACCUUGUUGUUGGAUGACCUAUACCCAGCAUCGAGACACACAAGAAACCUUGGCAGUUUUGGACCGUCUAGAUUUGGACACAGAAAAGCCAAGUGACGAAGAGAUUGCCCGAAAGUUUGGCAUGGAGGAGGAUUAUCUGAACGGCACUCUGAACUGUUGGCAACGUCUAAAACCCAAAAUGUGGUCGUUAUUCGAUGAGCCUUACUCUUCUAAUGCUGCCAAGAUUGUUGGUGUUAUGUCGGUGUUCUUCAUCUGCGUGUCCAUCCUGUCUUUCUGCCUGAAGACUCAUCCCAACAUGAGGGUUCCAGUCAUCAGGAACGUUACCGUGUGGACUUCUCAACAUACUAAGGCAUGGACAUUAGACAAAUUCCAGACCAAUCCUCACCUAGCCUUCUUCUACGUUGAGUGUGUGUGCAAUGCCUGGUUUACCUUUGAGAUCACAAUCCGUUUCAUCGCCUGCCCUAGCAAGCUUGACUUCAUUCGCUGUGCCGUCAACAUUAUCGACUUUACGGCUACUCUCUCCUUCUACAUUGACUUGGUGCUCCAGAAGUUUGCGUCCCAUCUAGAGAACGCUGAUAUCUUGGAGUUUUUCAGUAUCAUUCGGAUCAUGCGGCUCUUCAAGCUGACUCGUCACUCUGCAGGAUUGAAGAUCUUGAUCCAAACUUUCAAGGCCAGCGCUGGGGAACUCAUUCUUCUGGUUUUCUUCCUGGUUCUAGGAAUAGUGAUCUUCGCUAGUUUGGUGUAUUACGCCGAACGCAUCGAGUCUAAUCCAGAAAACGACUUUAACAGCAUUCCCCUCGGACUGUGGUGGGCAUUGGUCACUAUGACUACAGUGGGAUAUGGGGACAUGACUCCCAAGACUUAUACUGGCAUGUUUGUCGGCGCCCUCUGUGCUCUGGCUGGCGUACUAACGAUUGCGCUUCCAGUUCCUGUCAUAGUGUCCAACUUUGCUAUGUUCUAUUCCCAUACCCAAGCACGCGCUAAACUACCAAAGAAGCGGAGGCGUGUGCUUCCUGUAGAACAACCGCGAGGGCCUCGUGUCAGGGGUCAGGGACCUGGUGGCGACGGACAACCAAACAGAAGAAUGAAUGCUAUGAAACAGAAUCACCCUAAGGAUAUGUUGAGACCGAAGAUAGGAAACAAAGAAGAAACAAUUCCUAUGUUGAUGUUGAACCAUUCUGACAGUAAAGAAGAUUCCCUGCCCAGGACCAGAAAGUCGAGUAAAACGACAGAAGAAAUCCUGCCCAAUAACAGAAAACCUAGCAACCCCAUGGAAGACCUUACUAAAAAUAAAAAAUUGAGCAACGUGACAGAAGACAAUAUCUCCAAAAUUAGAACACAAAGUGUUGUGGCAGAAGACACUUUAACCAAAGUCCGAAGACAGAGCGUAGCAGCAGAGCAGGCUGGUGUGGCUCGAACCAGGAGACCCAGCUCAGCAGCUGAUAAAUCAUUCACAAAACUUGUAGACUUGAAUCCUGCAUUAGCAAAGCCUGGAAAUGAUCAUAACCUCGUGUCUUUUAACCAGAACUCAACUACUGGAACAAAUGGUUACCCAGAAACCAAUGGAGUUAGCGGAAUGGACAUCACCACAGCGAACAAUAACAGUUCAACAUCUGUUACUUUAGACAACUUAAUACAGUUUAAUGAUACUCCUACUCCAAAGGUUCCACCAUCAAUAAAAACAUCUCCUUCGUCCUCAUCCAGCACUGCCCUUACCACAGCCGAGGCGUGAAGAUUGAGCACUGCUUCUGUCUUUCUUUGUUUCUUGCCGAGACCAGCUAUAUCUUACAUUCAUAGACAAGUUGUUUCUGCCUAUGGUAAGAAGGAACAUUUAGGCUUCGUUAACUAGAAGAAACUUAUCGAUAACCAAACGGUAAACCAGUAUACAAUAUUGGCAACGUAAUAAAGAGAAAGUGUCACGAUUCCUGAAGAUAGGGUGGCGAUUUAGAUAUAUGUAUAUAUAUAUAUAUAUAUAUAUACAUAUAGCUAUUAUUAUAUAUAUGAGUGUAUAUAUAUAUAUGUAUAUCUUCGCUGAUCUUAUCAUAUUCAAUUCAAUUAUGUAGUAAUACAUUCUUCACUAGAUGACUGUAACACAUUUGUGUCAAGCAAAUAUUUCAAUUUUGUGUAUCGUGCAUGAAAUGAAGCCAGAGAAUUUGAUUGGUGUAGACUAUUAACGCCAGAAGACGCCUUCGUUGCACCUGCAUGUUUCUUGGUUUGCACGAUGGACGACAGAGCAUAAUUUGGAUGCAUUAUAUGUAGUGAAUAUUCCACGUAGUGGAAGGCAUCGGCUGCCAAACUCUACAGCUCAGCCUUUUGCCGAACCGGAUGUAGCUGAGUUCUAGAGGUGAUAUUAUGCACAGCAAAUAUUCGUAUUUUAAAUUAACGAUAAGUAUAUAAUUUUUACAAUUCACCCAUAAUUACCCCUCACAGCCCAAAUUUCUUCUUAAAUCUCAUGCCACCCUAGACAUAUAUUAACCUAUUAUCCUCCUUUUACAACUCCAAUGUCUUUCUUAAAAAGCUUCUCUUUCCAAAAAAUAUUACUGGAAAAGAAGUAGGUAAAUAAUAAAGGGUGUUGACGUAGUUAUUGUACAUUUUGAUGCAUUUGAAACUCAUCUUGCUAGAAAGGAAUAUCAAGUUUUAUAUCAUAUUAUACACAUAAGCGACAUAUGUCACGUUAUGAUAUGCUCUGCAAAAAUUAUCAGGUAUUGACUCUUUAAAAAUCUUAUAGAAUAUAUUGCAUGUCUAGUUAGAAUUGCUUUGUAAAUUUCUUCGUCACACUUAAUGCCAUCGGUUGACAACUUUAAGAUAAUAUAUUUUUUGAUGAGAUCGACAACUGUUCCAUGGAAGUAUUGCUUAAUUGCACACUUAAAUGAGUUAUCUCUAACUUUUAUCAUUUCUAUAAGUUCUAAGCGGUGGAAAAGUUUUAAAAUGAUAUUGAGUUUCAAGGAAUUGUUUUGUCAAACUGAAAAUAGGAAAGGGAAAUUCUUUUGGAUAAAGGGAAAAUAUAUUUGGGUGAAAAAAUAUUUCAUCUGAUUUUCUGCACAAGAAUUGCAAGUUUAGUAUGCGCUAUAAGGGACUGUAAUUUUUGUUGUUGUUGUUGUUUUGUGGCUAGUGUGCCUGGAAUGUGAAUCAGAUGAUUCACGGCUCGCGUCCCCUUGCCGCAAAAAUGCCCUCCACACUUUGGGGCCGUAGGGAUGCUAUAAAAUUAACUGGUCAAAUCUUACCAUUUGAUCAUAUAAAAGGAGCCCAAGAGUUAGCGAUAGGUGCUGUUUACUAGCUGCAUUUCUUUUAGUCUUUCAGUUCAAAAAUUGGAAUAGUUAUGCGCAGAUAGCCCAUAGUGAUGUUUUUCACGAAAGUCUAAAACAAGCGACCAAACACAUUUUUUUGUUAUGUUUUGUUUUUCAAAAUACCGAACGAUAGCUUGCUAUACAUAUUGCAUAUAAAAAAGUGUACAUUUAUGUUACAUUUAUGACAACUACAUUGUAUUAAUGCAAUGUUUAAGUUGUGUUAAACUAAACUACCAAUAUGCCUACACACCCGGGAAGAGCCAUAUCGUUUUGUUAGAAAUAAUGCUGCAUAUAGCAGAAAGUAAGCUUAGAGUGGAAUACGUGUUGAUUGCUUUGCAAUGGCUUUAAAUCUUAUGAAAAAAAUAUCUGUUUCAUAAAGUAUUCCAUUGUAACAAAAACUACAUUAUUUUUCUAUGUUGUUUUAUUUUGGUUUUGUUACGUAACAAUUUAGUUAACUUUCCCCUACUUUAAGAUAUAGAAAAAAACUGAUAAUCUGUCUACUCAUCUGAUUAAAACUUUUGCUCUUCCAAAGGAUUCAAUUUCCAAUCCAUUAGAUUUGGGUGAGGUAGUUUUAUUGCGGACUUGUUCAUUUUAAAGUUUAUUAUAAUUUGCAUCGUAAAAUGUAAUGCAUUUUUCUGCUUCUAUUUUAAAGAAGCUUGGAAAACUACGUUCGAAAGUGACAUUAGUAACAUUAAACUAAUUAAUGCUUUAGCAACUACAAUGGGCCUUUAAUUCUUAAUGUGUAUAUGAAUGUGUUUAAUACCGUAGUUUCAUCCACUGUUGACUUUAUAGUCACAAUACUUCUUUAAAAAUUCAGAUUUAUUACACAGUUCAAAAAAGGUAGGAAUAUUACAUAUCUAGGACUGACAAUAAAUGGCACUAAGUGUGAUGAGUCAUUAUAGUAGCGAUUCUUUAACAUCUAUUAUCAAUGAAAACGUUACUUAAGUGUUUUACAAAAAUAUUGUAAUGUAUAUCGUAUCAAGUAAUCUUUCUGGAUACUUGUGUUGUAGAAUUUCAAAGAAAAAACGAAACAAGUUUCAUUGCACCUUUUGAUAAUCGUACACAUAUUCAUGCGCCAGAGAAUUCGAUUUUACAUCACAGAAAAUGAAAGGAUCUUCUUCAGAGUGCCUGAGUUUAUAUCACAUCUAGAUCACGUAAGGAUCUUCUUCAGAGUGCUUGUGUUUACGUCACAGUUAGAAAACGUAAAGAUCUUCAGUGUUUUUUUUUGUUGUUGUUUUUUUUUUACAUCACAGCCAGUAAACGCUAGGAUCUCCUUUAUAGCAUAGGUAUUACAACAUAAAGAAUUCGAUUUACUUCACUCGAGUGUUCUAGGGUGUUGAUGUUGUAGUGUUGUGCAAUAUCCUCAGGGAGCAAAAUAGCAGAUGUAACGUACAUGUAUUGGAUACUAUCAACAGGAUGACACAACAUGAGACGAGAAAGAACACCUGCAUGUACUAAUUUUGUACACUGGUGUCAGUAUUUUACUACCUUGUAUUACAAACUAAAUUAACAGCUUGUUUUGAGAAUUAACUAAGCCUUGAGUUUGACGCUGUUUGUCACACACACACACACACCAGUGACUAUUCAACCGAACCCGAACUUUCAAACUAAUUAUUAUUUGUUCCAUGUAUUAAUUCCGUUUUUUGUGGCUGUUUUUUUUUCUUGUGUCUCUAAAAUACAUCUACUUCUUAAAUACCUGGUACUGUUUUUCCCAAAAAUUCAAUGUGCAUAAAGAGCAAAAAAAAAGAGCCUUACCAUUGUCAGUUUUAUUUGCUCCACCCGUAAGAUCUGACUAUUUUCCAUGAGAUUAUAAGAUAAUAAAAUUUCAAAUUCCAAUUCUGCUUUGUUAAAAUUUAACGUGUUAAGUAAACGCCUAUUCUUUACCACUUUAUUAUCUUAUUGUAUUAGUAUUUAUAUUAUUAGAAUGGUUGCUUAAGAAACACAAUUAUUACGUAAACCAAUCUAAUCUUCGUAGCCAGACAUCAUUGGCAUAGCAUGUUGUAUAAUAUUUCUUUAGAAAAAAAAUAGCAAGAGACAUGUUUUGUUAAUUCAUUAAAAGCUUAUAUUAUCUGCUAGGAAAAGUUUAUUGCAGUUUGUUUACAUAAAGUAUGUAUACAUAUGUAUAUAUAUAUAUAUGUGUGUGUGUGUGAGAGAGAGUAUAUACACACACAUAUAUACAUAUAUGUAUAUAUUUAUAGAAUGUAAAACGUUACUACUGAAUAAAUACUGAUUACCACCAUAUUAA